CUUCCUAGCUCAGCAUCACACUAGCCUCCAAAGUAUGAACCACUGGCACAAAAAUUUACACCCAAAACUCCCAUAUUUCACAGAAGCUAAUAAAGCCCAGCACCAGAUACCUUUCUAUCUCCACCUCUAGAAUCAACCAACGAGAGAGACGCAGAAGAAGGAAGGGGUUGAGUUUUCGAAAUGGCUUCUGCGAUUCCUGCAAUGCGGUCUUACUUCUAUGGAAGCUGGGAAGCUUCUUCAAUGGCGGGCGAGGAUUACAGCGUGUUGGUCAAAUCGGUGCCUUCCCAAGUUCGAUUUGGGGGUGGCAAGGCAGUGAGGUGCCAGCCCAUGAUGAAGAACGUCAACGAAGGGAAGGGUCUGUUCGCCCCUAUUGUGGUUGUCACUCGCAAUAUCAUUGGCAAGAAGCGAUUCAACCAGCUUAGAGGCAAAGCCAUUGCUUUACACUCUCAGGUAAUUACAGAGUUCUGCAAAUCAAUAGGAGCAGAUGCAAAACAGAGACAAGGACUGAUUAGGCUGGCCAAGAAGAAUGGAGAAAGACUUGGAUUCCUUGCAUGAAGGCUUUAGCAUAUUGUAAUCAUCUUCAUGGGGGUGAAAGUUGAAGUUUGAACUUUAUAAAUUUCACCUUUUUACGUGAGAAUGUAAACUAGGAACUCAUCUCCCACUCAUGCAACCUUCAUUCUUCAAUUAUACUUGUCUUGUACUCUGUUCUUUAUAUACUUGAGAUAAAAUUAGUAAGGCCUUAACCAAUUGUGACACAAUUAAUGGUAUCCACUAAAUUGAGCUGUUUUGACGUUUUCUUUUUACA